AGUACGAUAAUCUAGUCACAUGUACAGCAAGAGCAAGAGCAAGGUCGGGCGGGCUGGCUGGCUCCCACCUGUGCUGCCUCACCUGUGCCUAAUUAACACCCUGAUUUACCUGCCCUGAUCUACCUGCCUUGAUUUCCCGCCUCCAGGACCACCGGCACGACACCAUGGUUGGGACGCGCGUGUACGUCGGAGGCCUGAGCUACCGGGUGGGGGAGCGCGAUCUGGAGCGCUUUUUCCGCGGGUAUGGCCGAGUGAGGGACAUCGUCAUCAAGAACGGGUUUGCCUUCGUGGAGUUUGACGACUACCGGGACGCUGACGACGCUGUGUACGAGAUGAACGGGAAGGACCUGAUGGGGGAGAGGGUAUUAGUGGAGUUUGCCCGGGGAAGCAGAGCGGCAGGGGGUGGAGGUGCCUACCCACCCCACUCGAGGAAGCACCGAGCCCCAUGGAUGGAGAAGUAUGGCUUCCCGACACGCACUGAUUACCGCCUCAUCGUGGAGAACCUGUCGAGCCGAGUGUCCUGGCAGGACCUCAAGGACUUCAUGCGCCAGGCCGGAGAGGUGACCUACGCUGACGCCCACAAGUACAGGAGGAAUGAAGGAGUGGUGGAGUUCGCCUCACACUCUGACCUCCGCUCGGCCAUCCGUAAGCUGGACGGGAAGGAGCUGCAGGGACGCAAGAUCCGCCUCUCCCUCGACUCCACCUCCUCGUCCUCCUCCUCCCACCGCCGCCGCAGGUCACAGUCGAGGUCACACUCCAGGUCGUCCUCGCGCUCCAGGUCGUCAUAUUCGAGGUCGAGGUCAAGGUCAAGGUCAAGAUCCAGGUCGUCCUCCAGGUCACGUUCUCGCUCUCGGUCAAAAUCCAAAUCCAGGUCAAAAACAAGGUCAAGGUCGAAGUCUAAAUCCAGGUCAAGAUCCAAGACAAGGUCGAGGUCGAAGUCCAAAUCAAGGUCGAGGUCGAAGUCCAAAUCAAGGUCAAGGUCAAAAUCAAGGUCAAGGUCGAAGUCUAAAUCAAGGUCGAGGUCAAAGUCCAAAUCAAGGUCGAGGUCAAGGUCAAAAUCUCGGUCUAGGUCCCCCAGUGCAAAGGAAGGGGAGGAGACUGCCCCAUCACCCCCAGGAAAGAGGGAGGAAGAGGAGAUGGAGACAGAGGAAAUAAAGAAGGAAGUGGAGGAGGUAACGGAGAGGGAAGAGAAGGAGGUGGAGAAUAAAGAACAGCAACAAGAUGGGGUAAGAACGGAGGAGGAGGAGGAGGAGGAGGAGGAAGAGAAGGAAUAAAAGGAAGAGAAGGAAUAAAAGGAAGAGGAGGAAGAAUAGAGAAAGACAGAAGAGUGAAUGGAUAAGAGAAAGGAGAAAAAGUAGAUAUAGAAAGAUUUGAAGGAAGAAGAGAAAUAGAAAAAAAGAAGAUAGAAGAGAAGAUAAAGAGUGGAGGAGGAGGAGGAGGAGGAGGAAGAGAAGGAAGAAUAGAGAGAAAGACAGAAGAGUGAAUGGAUAAGAAAAAGAGAAGAAGAGAUAAAAAGAGUGGAGGAGAAGGAGAGGAAGACAAAGGAAGAGGAGUGAGAUAGAGGUAGAAAUUUAGAGCUAAUGAAGAGAGGAGGAGGAGGAGGAAGGAAAAGAGGAAAAUGAUAAAGGAGAGAGAGGGAGGAAGAACAAAGAUUAGGUUAGUGAAGAGAGGAAGAAAAUUGAAACAAAAAAAAUAAUUACAAAAAAAAAGGGAGUUUGCGUUUAGGUUAAUUUUGCUGAUCCAUGACCUGACCUUUCCUUUUAUUUCCUUGUUUUCCUUUUGAUAUAUGAAAAGACAUUGUUAUUUUCCUUUAUACUAACUCGAAACAUUCACUCUCACCAAUGUAUAUAAACCAUCAUGGCAUUGCAACUCCUAUAUACAAAUUUAUAUAAGAAUCUUCAUCAAUAGGUAGAUAUGCGAUUAUGUAAAACCGUACCUAUCAGAUUGUUAUUAUCAUUAGUGAGAUUCGAUUACCGAGUCACAGCUUCCUCGGAACUCACAUCGAAAGCAGAGUAAUGAUAAAAUUUCAAACUCAUCAAAUUAGAACACAGAGAGAGAUGAUUCUGUCGCCUAUUACCAGAUCAAGGAUGUCGUGUUAUUUACCUCAUUGAUAUCGACACAAACGCGCGAUAACGAACCAGAGAGAGAGAGAGAGAGAGAUUGAUGUAACAUAGGGGCAUUCAGCAAUAAUAUAGAUACAACGAAAGUUACGUCGGGAAGAAAAAAUAGAGGGAUUGGUGUGACAGAUUGUGGUGGUGAUUGUGAUGUUGUAUGAUUAUGUGCCUUAGGUUGUGGUGGUUGUGGAAUGGGGGUAGUGGUGAGAGUAGUGGUAGUGAUGGUGAUGAUUCAGUGGUAAUGAGUGUGAUGUUAGUGGUGACAGGGAGCUGGGUGGUGAUUGUGGUGGUGGUUGUGCUGUUAGUAGUAAUGAUAAUUGUGGAUUGUGAUGUUAGUGGUGAUGGUAAUGAUGACACAGAGGGAGAUGGGCGGUGAUUGUGAUGUUAGUGGUAGAUCUUGCUGAUUAGAAACGAGUGGUGAUGUUAGUGGUGAUGAGGGUGGUGGUGAUGUGGUGAUUAGUUAUGCACAUUGGUGUUGAUAGCUGUUCAUUCUCGUGGUGAUGAAGAAAAACAUGAGUGUGGUGUGAGUGUGGUGUUUGUGGUAAUGGUGGUUGAGGUGAUUGUUGUAUAAAGAGCAAAUGUUUUCUUUUAAUUUCCUACACAGACAGUUCAAUAUACCUUCCACUUACUGCUUUAUUCUUCUUUGUUAGUUAGUGUGGUUCAUUAACUAUCAAAACAAAAAAGAGGAUAGUUUUCCGUGGGGUGAAGGAGUUUUUCUUUUUUUCGAGUUUUCCGUGUGUUCCGUUCAGUGUCGGGAAGUUGCGUUGCGUUGCUGUGUUGCGACUUUGAUUCAGCGCUCACAACACAGCCCGUCGAUUAAGGUGUUUCGUGGCUUAUAGUGUUCCUUCGUUACUGGCAGGUAGAGUGGAUCAGGCGGAGGAAGGAAGGUGGGAAGUGUUGCUCCAGAAAGAAAUAAUAUAAGUUAGAAAAAUCCAGGAAACCACUGAGAUAGACCGACAUAUUUUUUUGAGUCAGACUGUAUUUUAAGACCUUCCCUGUCAAUCCCUUCCUUCCAUCUCUCGAGUCAACCCCCCAGCAGUCACAAAGGAGGCUGGAAAGUUGAGUUGUAAUGGGAAAGAUGUACAAGGAAAUAGAUAGUUCGAUGCCACACUGAAUAGGCUAAGUGUAGGUUGACCCCAUAUGUGACUCAAAAAAGGGAUGGUUUGUUGAUGUGUUAGAACAGUAUAGUCAUUCGAUGGGAAAAAGAAAUGCAUAGUUUGAAAAAAAAUACAUCACUCGACAGGUUAAAUUUAGGUUGUUCCCAUACAUGACUCGAAAAAGGGUUGAUUGGUGUAGCAGAACAGAGUGGAGUGCUUCUUGUUGUUUGGGUUGUGAGGUCAAGGUCAGGUUGCGUUCUGCCAUUCUCGUAAGUUCGAAUUUUGUCUCUAGUGAUUUACGUAGGCCAGAUGCUUUGUGGCUUCUCUCAAAAUAGGAUGGAUUGGUGUAGCAGAACAGUAUCAGGGUGGAGUGCUUCUUGUUUGGGUUGCGAGGUCAAGGUCAGGUUGCGUUCUGCCAUUCUCGUAAGUUCGAAUUUCGUCUCUUUGGUGAUUUACGUAGGCCAGAUGCUUUGUGGCUUCUCCGUUGACGACCUAAAAAAUCAUAGACAUUCUGGGCCAAUUAGAGUACAAAACAUCAUCAAAAGUAGAGCGAUAAGUCUUGCGGAAAACAUUAAAAGCUUGAAUGUAGGUAUUUCAAAGUUCGUACAUCAGUUUUUUCCUCCUCAGCUGCAAGAGUAUGUGAUAACCGUGGGUCCUUCCUGCCAUGGCUAGUCGUAGUUCACCGCUUCCCGUUCUCACUUGUAUAAAUGUUACCGGAGAAUGAUUACAACGACCGGAAAAAUCGAGGUGUUCUGGGCCAAUCGGGAGAGUUUGUACAGCAUCAAAAGUAGAGCGUUAAGUCUCGAGGAAAAAAUGAAAGGCUUAAACGGUAAUCUCUUGAAGGAUGUUGUUUUCCUCGGCUGUAAGAACAUAUGAUAACCGAACUCCUUCCUGUGUGCAUUAAGGAUUUCAUAGUUUACAGUUUCCCAUUCUUACUUGUAUAGAUGUCACAGAGAAUUGUAACGCUCGUAAAGUAGAACAGAAGUCUCCAUUGGUUUUAAAAUUUAGGGACUUCAUAGAUUACAGUUUAUCAUUCCUAUUUGUAUUAAUGUUACGAAGAAUUGCAACACUCGUAAACUAAAACACAACAGUUAGCAACGAUUCUGAACUUUUGGACUUCUUAUUUUAACGUUCUUGUAUAGACGUUACGAAGAUUUGCAACGCUCAUACACCAGAACACGGCAACAGUUAGCAUCGACUCCAACUUUGCUUAUUAACGGAAUGAAUUUUUCUUUCCUAACGAAGCUGACUUGUAUUUUUCUGUCCAGCCGCUCUUACCGAAGCACUUUGUAUCAUGUGUGUGUGUGUGUGUGUGUGUGUGUGUGUGGUGUUGGUUUUCUACACGGCUAAAAUCUUAAGGUAGUGACGAAAUCCAUACAUACCGUUUUGUUGUUGUAGGGUUCCCAUGUCUUGAUUUCUUGAUAUUUAUGCGCUCACUGUAUUUCACUGCUGCAAAGGUUGUGUAUGUGCGUGUGUGUCAGUGUUGAGGUGUGUACGUACGAUGGAAAACUGUACGUAGUUGUAUGUCACUGUAGGUUGAGGUGCAAUGUGUGUGUGUGUGUGUGUGUGUGUGUGUUUGAAUAUCGCACAAAAAGAGGGUUGAGGGUAAGUCCUUUGUCCCUUUUCCUUUCUCUUCAGUCUGGUCUAUCCCUUUUUUAUUUUCUCUCAUCUCCCUUUUUCAUCUUUUUCUUCCUUCUGAUCUCUCCCUGUUUCCUUUUCAUUCUCUCUAAUCUCCCUUUUUCCUUCCGUUUCUUCCCCACUUCUCCUUUCCCUUUCUCAUCCAUCCCCUUCUCCUUCUUGUCCCUUCUAUUUCUAAGCACUUUUUCCCCUAUUCCUCUCUCACUCCUCUGCUCUCCCUUCCUUCAUUCUCCCCCUUUUCCUUUUUCUCCCUCCAUUUCUUUCUACUUUUUUCCCCUAUUCCUCUCUCACUCUGUUCUCCCUUCCCUCGCCUCUUCUCCAUUCCCUCUCAUGAUUGAUGUUUUAAUCUUUGGUGAGUAAAUAUUUCAGUGUCAACAGUGGCAAGAGCUCACUGUUAGUAGUAAAAUGAUUGUAUUUACCAUAGAACUCAAAGAUGUCUAGUUAGAGUAAAAAUGAAUGUGGAAUAGUGUGUGUGUGUGUGUGCGUAUGUUUGUAGCACCAAUGUUUGUACCGUUUUCCAAGUGGUGACACCUGCACGUCUUUCAAGGUGAGGCUAACGAGUUCACUGCUCUAGUUUAGUUAGUUGUGGCCAGGUGUGCAGUGACUCUCAAGAUCCCGUUUUCUCUACCUUCAUUUCUUCAGUCUGCCCUUUAACUCACCUAGUCCUCUUUCUCUUCUUCCACUCCCAUAACGUAUAUAUUUACAUGUAGUGACUCGCAAUUUGAUAAAUGUGAAGACAAGAUAUUAGCGUGUUAUGAGAGUGGAAGAGGACUUGGUGAGAUAACCCGGUAGCUGCGGGGGUCAUGUUUCUUAGGUUAGGUUAAAGGCCCCUCUUAGCAAAAUAAUGAGAAAGAAUCAUCACUCACGCAAACCAUUUCAUAAUAUAUAUCAACGCAUUUGUGAUCAGUUUAUGCAUCAUCUAUCUUGGGAGGUUUAUAUCAUGGCAGAAAUUUGGCCCGUCGAUGGUACACGGUAAAGCCACAAAUUUGGCCCGUCGCUGCUACCGGGUUAAAGGGCAGACUGAAGAAAUGAAGGUAGAGAAAACGGGAAGACUUAGAGGGACAUUACAGGUGUGUGUGUGUGUGUGUGUGUUCCUUUGCCACUGUGUCGGGUGUUUCGGGAUAAUCAACAAGGAUGAAAAUGAAAAACUUUGUCUACUGUUUGGAGGUGAAAUUUAUUUAAAACAAAAGUGUCAUUUUUUUACAUACCCUACACAAGCAACAUGACAUUGCCCUGGAAAAGAAACUCUGGAUUCCGUAGUAAUAGUAGUAGUUAUGGUAGUAGUGGUAGUAGUAGUUUUGAUCAGCAGAAACACCCUUACAAUGGGGCUGGGCAGCUCGGUGGGUCUGGUGCCCGGCUCACAACAUACAGCUUGUGAGUAGCGAUGCCAGAUUGUCGUACCAAGAACAUCGUACAGUCGUCCCUCAAUUAGUACGGUUUCAGUUUUAUACAGAUUGUUAUUGAAGAUCUUUUAAGGAUUUUUAAAUUUCCUGCUUGUCGGGAAAUUUAAAAAUCUAUGAAAAUCCACAUAAAACCGAGACCAACUAUUGGAAACCGUGCUAUUUGAGGGAUGACUAUUUUCUGGUUUCUGAAUCGUGACUAUUGCAAACAAAUACCAAUAAUUACCGAUUUUAACGACAACUAUAAAUAAAUCUCGUUAUCGGGUUGGUGAUGACAGUUUUUGGUUGGAAAUCGGCAAAUAUAAGAGGCCGAGUACGACAAUCUGGUAACACUGCUUGUGAGUUUGCCCCCGGCCCACACGAGCCUGUGACCCUGACGGAGCUGUACGGUCUUGGCUACCUAGCUCGGGGGAUUAUCUCCUUACAAGUAGUGAAGGCUCUGUAAAAGCUACAAACACACAAGUACAACGUUUCUUUACCCCCAAUGUAGACUAACACAACAUUUCCUUCGUCAUGUACAGUUGCCGACAAAUAUCGCUCCGCUUUCCCCUUGACUCACUGGACUUGAGCCUCUUUCCACACAGGGCGGGAGGUGUGGAGUGAGUGGACUGCCAGGGGAGGGGAAUGACCCACACGCCCAGGCAACAGGUCACGAGUUAAAUUACAUGGAGUGAUAUUACUGUCGGGAACUGUUUCUUGCCGUCCCCAGAGUGGCCGGCAUUUCAAUGAGUAUAAAAGAAAUGAGAAAUGGCCAGGCUCAUUUCACACUGAGGGCAGCAAGCACACAAGGGAGGAAAGCUGUUGUGUCCCCUUAGAAUGUGACACAGACCCCUUGGUACACCCUGGGACCAAGCUCUACAGAAGUGUUAGUGUGGCAUUUAAAAAAGCUAUCAUCCUCUCGUCUCCUAGUUUACAGUAUUUACAUUAAAAACACUAAAUUGUCGGAGUGGUGGUGAUAAUCUCUCGCUUCUUAAUGGUAGAUUACAACACUCGUCACCUUAGUAAAAUAUAACCUGGCCUAACCAACCACCACUUCCUCGGGUGAAAGCAAUCCGCACACACCUGCCGUUAACUCUCAGGUGUCACGUUAGCCACCUGUCUGUCCGCUGCUUACAUUAGUUACAAAAAUGUCACCUGCCUCACACUUGAUAAUCCUCCCUUAAUAUACUCUUCUCAUAUGGUACAUAGCUUAUCAUCUGCUAGGUUUAAAUAGUAUAAGAAUGCAAGACAACCUUACACCAAAAUCACGCGCUGACGGAGAGAAACAAACUCCCGAAGACGGCCGGCAGACUGGAGGACAACGGAGACGGAUAGGAGAGAAGUUUGAGGACAAUGACGUAGAGGAGAACAACAGGACAGAAGACAGAUAGGAAGACAAAGGAACUGGAAGCAGACUGACUGAGGGAAUUUAUCGGUAGGAGACAAACUGGCAAGACAAGAACUAACAAGAUGACAAAAAGCAGAGAUUGGAGGAAAAACAUCGACAAAAAAUAGGAAAGAAAACUGAUUAAGACGAAACAGACUGGAGGAAAAAAAUAUCAAGACACAAACUGGAGGAAAUCUGAGAGGAAGCAGAGAGA